AAGAUCCAUCCAGAAAACCCAAACUGGUACCACACGGUCCACACCAGCGUAUAUAGAUUCUCUAUGGCAGAGGUCCUGGUGCUUGCAAGUGGCAAGAACGAUUCUGGAGUUGGAAAAUACAGUGACCUGGAGUGGAAUUAGCGAGAAAGAUGGCUUGUCAAUGGCAUUUCUUAAGCUUUCUCUUUAUAAGUUUGCUUCUAUUCCCUGCAACAACUAAGGCUUCGAAAUGUUCAAUCAGUGGGUUACCGCUCGUGAGGAAUAUUAGUGAGCUUCCUCAGGAUAGUUAUGGAAGGGGAGGUUUGUCUCAUAUUACAGUUGCCGGUUCUGCCUUGCAUGGAAUGAAAGAGGUGGAGGUAUGGCUUCAAACAUUUUCUCCAGGUUCACAAACCCCAAUCCACAGACACUCUUGUGAAGAAGUUUUUGUGGUCCUAAAGGGAAGCGGCACUCUCUAUCUUGCUUCAAAUUCACAUGGGAAGUAUCCUGGAAAGCCGCAAGAACAUUUCAUUUUUGCCAAUAGCACGUUUCAUAUACCUGUCAACGACGCUCACCAGGUCUGGAACACAAAUGAACAUGAGGAUUUGCAAAUUCUUGUCAUAAUAUCUCGUCCACCUGUCAAAGUGUUCACGUACGAUGACUGGUUCAUGCCCCAUGUUGCAGCAAAAUUGAAGUUCCCCUACUACUGGGAUGAACAGUGCCUUCAACUUCAAGCUUCUCCAAAAGAUGAGCUUUAAUCACAAACCUUACUUUUGAACUUUGAUUACACGAGCAUAGUAAUUCUGUUGUGAACUGAUAAAAUACUUGAUAUGAAAGUUCACUUAACAAAGAGCGGAACAGAGAUAUUCUUGUUUGUACAACCAGAAUCUGAGAAUGUAAAGUUGUAUAUUCUAGUUAGACUGUCCCUAACAAGGAGUGGGCUUUGAUUCUGAGUGAUCAUUGCUUGGACAAUAGCUGAACAAAGGCUGCGUGCAAAACAAAGUGUGUUUGUCUUGAGGUCACGUGCAGAAAGAAUACGACAGCAAUAGGUACAUUGAACGUGUUUCUGGCAUAUUCUUUUAGCUGAGAAA